AAAUACCGAUAUCAAACUUCCAGCACUAGGCAUGAUUGUCAUUCCUAAUCGAGUUGGUAAGCUUUCCUGGGACGAACGAACAAACAAACAAACACGCCGCCGCUCCCUCUCCGUCUCCUAAUUUUCCUUACCGUCUGCAACUCCCCGUUAGAAAAGUCAGAGCGUCCAACUCUUUUUCCCGCCUACUCGACGCUUUUCCCAGCGUCCCUGAUCCUGGCUUGGCUUCUCCCACACUCCAAUUACCUUCUUGCUCCCUUUAUGGAGUCACUCGUGACGUACACCACUACUCCUCUCCUCUCCUCCUCCUCUUUCCGGUUUUCGUCUGCGGCUAUAAACUUUUGGGUCUUCGUCGUCAGGGUUUCCUCCGUGUGUACAACAGCGCCCAACCAAGGAAACAAAAUCACUCUUUCGAUAGGGAGCAAUGGUGGCAGCAGCUUCUACCAAGGACGAUGACUUCCAGCCAUUCCCUAUCAAGGAUCAGCUCCCCGGCGUUGAGUAUUGCGCCAAUAGCAAUCCGUGCUGGUAUGAAGCAUUAGUUUUAGGAUUUCAGCAGUAUGUGGUGAUGCUUGGCACCACCGUCACCAUUCCCACCCUUCUUGUUCCUCUGAUGGGCGGUGGUGAUGUGGAGAAGGCCGAGAUGAUCAAUACAUUGCUCUUCCUGUCGGCGCUAAGCACACUCUUACAAACUUGGUUUGGCACUCGGCUUCCCGUCGUGAUGGGAGGAUCCUAUGCAUUCGUGAUCCCAGCAAUGUCCAUCGCUCUAUCGGUGAACAGUAGCAACAGCAGCGCCAAGCUAAGCGACCAUGAUAGGUUCAAAAAAUCGAUGGCGGCCAUACAAGGGGCAAUUACGAUUGCAUCAUUGUUUCAAGUGGCGAUUGGUUAUUUUGGUCUUGCUAGAGUUUGUUCUAGAUUUCUAAGCCCUCUAGCUGCCGCACCACUUGUGAUACUCACUGGUCUUGGCCUCUUUGUGCAUGGCUUCCCACAGGUGGCGAGAUGCGCUGAAGUUGCACUUCCAGCACUAGUUUUGUUGGUUUUCUUGUCUCAAUAUCUUCCUCACAUGUUGAACUCAAAAAGAACGAUAUCAGAUAGAUUUGGUGUCCUUAUCACGGUUGCAGUGGCAUGGUUGCUGGCAGAAAUAUUAACAGCAUCGGGUGCCUAUGAUAAAAGCUCGCCCAAGACACAAACAAGCUGCCGGACUGAUCGCUCUGGGCUUAUUAGUGCAGCUCCCUGGAUAAAGUUCCCAUAUCCAUAUCAAUGGGGAAAGCCCACUUUUGAUGCGGGCUUUGUGUUUGCUAUGAUGGCUGCUUGUCUAGUUGCUGCUAUUGAGUCUACAGGUACAUUUGUUGCAGCAUCAAGGUAUGCUAGUUGCACACCAGUUCCGCCUUCAGUACUCAGUCGCGGCAUUGGUUGGCAGGGUGUAGGAACUUUAUUGAAUGGCUUGUGUGGGGCUCCAACCGGAUCUACAGCUUCAGUCGAGAAUGUUGGUCUUCUGGGAUUAACGCGAGUUGGAAGCAGGAGAGUUGUUCAAGUAUCAGCAGGCUUUAUGCUUUUCUUCUCCAUCUUAGGAAAAUUCGGGGCUGUUGUUGCGUCCAUUCCCUUGCCAAUUUUCGGAGCUGUUUACUGUGUCCUUUAUGGCUACAUGGCUUCAGCUGGCGUAGGACUUCUGCAGUUUUGCCACCUCAACAGCUUCCGGUCGAAGUUCAUUCUCGGGUUCUCCCUCUUCCUGGGUCUUUCCAUCCCGCAAUAUUUCAGUGAAGUUGUCAUAGUCACUGGUCACGGCCCUUUCCACACCAGCUCCACCUGGUUCAAUGACAUGAUGCAAGUGAUAUUCACAUCCCAAGGGACCGUGGCCUUCCUGGUUGCUUUCUUCCUGGACAGCACACACACUCGCGGCCACAAAUCGACAAGGAGAGACAGCGGAAGGCAUUGGUCCGAGAAAUUCAUAUAUUUCUGCCAGGACACCAGGACUGAAGAAUUCUAUUGCCUUCCUUACAACCUCAGCAACUACUUCCCUUCUUUCUGAAUCGAACCCCUUCGUGAUCAGACAAGAGAGAGAGAGAGAAUUUGAAGCUCUUAAGGGGAAGAUUAAUUAGAUCUCCCAUUCCCCAAGAUCAAUUGAAUAUUACUUAAUAUUCAAUUCAAUUUAGAAAUUCUAAAGAUUUGUAUAUGUUAUUAUAAAGAUAGUAAUUCACUUGAUAAUGAAUUCUGGACUAUACUCCAUUUUAAAAUGAACGCAGUUGGUGGUUGGUUAGUCUGUAGAAAGUAAAAAUACAGCAAAAUGUUUUUGUUUUUGUUUUACUCCAGCUUGUUUUCCUUAUUAAAUUGUGUAUAUUGCA